UGCAUGUCAUACUAUUACUUCGGCUAUUGCUUCUAGUGCCAUGUGGAGAAAAUUGACGGAAGGGGUUAUUAACGUAUUAGACUAUUGACAGGGCUGAUUAAAUUUCUCAACCCAAUCCCCGGAAAUUGUUUACUUUCGGCAUGGGCUCAGAAGCAGGAAUCGAAUGCAAUCUUAUGUGCUCGACUAAAGAAUCUCUAUCACCCAACGGCUACCAUGUGCUACAUCGCCGAUGCCACUGUUGUGAUCCGUCAGAAAGGUUGGACCAUUUUUUAAGAUUACUGGGCCCAACCGAGCUCUGGAGCAGCUCGUGUCCAAUCAUUCCGAGCUUGGACUGCCAAACACUUAGACAUCUAUGGGAUAUCCUGGUAACAUCGCACUCCACAACACCGUCAGAGGCACGAAACACAGAAUCAUCCGAGAUUCAGAUCCUCCUCUCGCCGCUGCUUUGACUACAAACAAAACAAAUGCGCCCGGACGUUUGCUCAGACCUCACUUCUCCAUUCGAUUGACCUUCGACCUUCGACCUUCGACCUUCGACCUUCGACAUCUACAGCUUCCGCGACUUCCAAUUGAAAGUAUUCCGACCUUCCAAACGCGGUUUUCAUGUGCAGCAGCGGUACAGUACCUGAGACAGGGUUUCGCGACUGACGAAGGGUCUCGGGCCUGGUGGUGGAGAGGACGAGUCGUGGACCCAAGUGUGUUGACUCGAGGACAACAGGGCAAUGAGCACAACACAUGGAUACAAUGGGACGGGAGCAGUGUACGAGGAGACGGACGCUGAGAGCUCUCAGGUUAAGAGGCAACGCAGUAUGAAGUUCAGUCUUUAUCCUGCGCGUCCGAGAACAGCUUCGAAGAGCUCGAUACCUUCUAUACCCUCGUCGCCAAUUGCCUCCACAGCUCCACAGCUUCCCCAAAUUUCUCCUGUCAUGUCCAAAGAGGAGUACAAUCAACGGCCAUAUACCUCACACCACGCACAUUCCAACGAGCGGUCCUUUACUGCUCCACCAGGCAUUCCUCAUAGUCUACACAAGAAACCUUCCGAGGCUUCCAGACUCCGGGCUCUGAAUAAUGGGCAUAGGUCGCAAUCUACGGAUAGAGCAGCGGACUUACCAGCAGACAACUUCUCCAGACCUCGACAGCCGAGCUUACGGCGUAGGAAUGACUCCCCUAAACCGCUCUCACACGCAACAUCUUCGUUCCCUCUACGGGCCUACGAUGAGCAGCAAACACCUACGGACCUUGCUUCUUCAAGAGACCGUGGUUUCUCUACAUCCUCUUCUCAAUCUUCCAUGAAUUUACCAGCCUACCAAAUACGUCCCUCAGCUUCGAUACCUGACUAUCAAGCUGCCGACUCGAUAUACUCUCGCCAGAGAAACCUGAACAAUCGUCAAUACAGGCCCUGGCAAGCAGUCAGCAGACCGGAUAGUAAUCAUUCUGCAUAUCGACGGGACCCCAUACCACGACCGAACGGCUUUGAUAGUGAGGAAGUACGAGCUAGCUUUCGAUCCGCUUUGACCACCAGUUCUAGCUUUAUGGGCACCAGUGGGACAGAGAGGAGUAGUGUCAUGACGAAGAGCAGCUCUGCAACCUCAAUAUAUGGCCGGGAUGAGGGAAUGAGCGUGGAUGAUGCCAUUGGGAUGUACGAGAGUGGAUUUAUGGACUCGGGCGUUGAGGAUAAUGAUGCUACGAGACCGAAUACACCUGAUUCGCAACGGAAAAGGAUAUCUGGCCUUCAUGAAGCCAUGACUGAUUCUUUAGUGACGGAGUCACCAGAACCAUUGGACGCGAAAGAGUCCCUUAUGGUUCCAAACAUGGCAAGGAUUGUCAGAGACUCACAUCAGAUAUUCCAUACGGUUGGGAGACCAAGUGAGGAUGUGCCCAGGAGUGGUGAUGGGACGUUAGACGUCCAGGAAGCUUAUUUUGAGCAGAAGCUUCCGAGUCCCAGUCGGCCAGUAACAAGGGCGACUGCGGCACCAUUUGAUGAGACGAGAGAUCGAUAUGGGUUCCGGAAGAAGACUCAAUACAUCUCAUUAGAGGCGUACGAAGCCUGGAAUGGACCGUAUACAGAGUACUUGACUCGACGGCGAAAGAAAUGGGUGGCUUUACUGAAAGACAAUGGACUUGUCACUGAUCGACCAAUACGAUUUCCGGCAAAAUCCGCCAAAGUCAAGCGUUUCAUUCGAAAAGGAAUACCGCCAGACUGGAGAGGCGAUGCAUGGUUUUGGUAUGCAGGAGGUCCAGCCAUGGUGAGCAAGAACUAUGGAGUCUAUAACGCCUUGGUGAGAAGAGCUGCCGCAGGCGAUGUGACAGAAACGGAUGAAGAGAUCAUCGAACGGGAUCUUAACCGAACAUUUCCAGACAACGUUAAAUUCAAGCCAGAUCUGCCACCAUUGGCUCCAGGCGAAGUGCGCAACAGCCAGCAAGUUGAACCAGAAACGCCUCUACUGCAAUCUCUCCGGCGAGUCCUUCAAGCGUUUUCCAUUCACAACCCGCGCAUCGGCUAUUGUCAAUCACUCAACUUUCUUGCUGGCCUACUUCUUCUCUUCAUGGAGGAAGAAAAGGCGUUCUGGAUGCUCAACAUCAUAACGACCACUUAUCUCCCAGGGACUCAUGAACUCAAUCUCGAAGGCGCAAAUGUCGACUUGGGGGUUCUAAUGUCAAGCAUCAAAGACAUGAUGCCCCAGAUCUGGGCCAAGAUCGGAGGCGAGCUCGACGGCUCUUCCCUCCCACAUUCCACUCUUCGUCUCCCACCCAUCACCCUCUGUACGACUGCCUGGUUCAUGUCCUGCUUCAUCGGCACCCUGCCUAUCGAGUCCACUCUCCGUGUAUGGGAUUCCUUCUUCUGCGAAGGCUCCAAGACACUCUUCCGUAUCGCGCUUACGGUCUUCAAGCUCGGUGAGUCAGAGAUCAGAGCCGUCUCUGACCCCAUGGAGAUUUUCCAAGUCGUACAGACUAUCCCGAGGAAACUGAUUGAUUGUAAUGCGUUGAUGGAGGCGUGUUACAAGAGACGCAACGGUUUUGGUCAUUUGAGUCAGGAGACUAUUGAGAAGGGAAGAGCAGAAAGGAGGAAAGGAUACGCGGAUGAGAGGGAAAGGGAGAAGGAGAGAGCGGCUACGGGGCUUGGUGGUGUUGAUGGUGCGGCUGUGACGAGGGUUGCCACGAGGAAGGGGACGGUGUUUGGACGGAAGAAGAGGUCGGUGGAGGCUUGAUCUAGCGUUUGAUUGGUUGGAUAUUGAAUAUUUGGAUGGGAAUGGGGGUAAUGAAAGUUCAGAUGGAUGGAUGGAUACAAGUAUAAGAUAAUGAUGUUACGACACGAAAGUAAAGCAAAGCAGCAUUUCACGGCGUUUUGUUGUUUAUCUUCUAUUCUACUUCUCGCUUAGGGAGUUUGGAUGGAUAGGAUGGGCACUAUUAGGCGAUUUUAGCUGG